ACACAUGUCGACGACGUUUGCUUGCUUGCCUGCCCUGCCCACCAAACUCUGCCUCGACUCCAGAUAAGCACCCCCACCCCACGAGCGAUGACACACAAUUGGGAUUUGGCUCGCCGCGCAAGCGCCGCGUGGUGCCGGCCGGCGUGAAGUCAGCAUCCUUCUCCCUUUCUCCUUCCCCUCUCCUCGCGUCCUCCCUCUUUAUCCAUCCGUCGCCUCCGCUUCCAGGGCUCCGCUGCUCCGACCCACAAACCCUAGCUACUUCUCCUCCCGGACUCGGCAGCAGAGGCCACCUUCUUCCGCUGGUUGGACUACCUUUUACUAGGUGUUCUGUGUUUUUCAACUACUGACACAUUUCUUGUCAGAUAAAAAGGAUAUUGGGCAAUGAACUACUAUCAGCUAAAUGGAUAACAUGACAAGGAAUUGUAUAUCUUGCUUCAUUGUUAUACUUUAGCCAGGACAGCUUGAUGGAACCUCGAAAAGAUGAUGUUCUCUCUGCAGCUCAAAGCACCAUGCGUGGAUCCUCAAGUUCAGCAGGCACCAUUAAGCCUGUCCUUAACUAUUCAAUUCAGACCGGGGAGGAGUUUGCUCUUGAAUUCAUGAGAGAUCGAGCUAUAUCCAAGAAGCAUCAUGUUCCUGGAAUGUUUCAUGAUCAAAAUGUUACUUCUGGUGCUGAUCACAAAGAUUCUAGGGUAAACCCUGGUGGUCAUCGAACAGGAGCAGAAACUAGAUUCGAUGCAUCGGUUUUUUUGACCUCAGAUAAUCAGCAAACAGAUGAGGUUGAAAGAAAACCUUUUGCUAAAAAUGAAAACAGAAGUAGACACAUGUCAACUAUGUCAGCACGAACUCCAUCCGGUGGUCGAAGUAGUCCAGGACUGUCCCGUGGCUAUGCUUCUUCUGAGGCUUCAGACUCAUCGAGCAUGAUAAAAAUUCUCUGUAGCUUUGGGGGGAAAAUAUUACCCCGACCAAGUGAUGGAAAGCUUAGAUAUGUUGGUGGUGAGACGCAUAUAAUUCGAAUCAGUAGGACUGUUUCAUGGCAGGAGCUUAAACAGAAGACAACAGCCAUCUAUAAUCAACCUCACGUUAUCAAGUAUCAGUUACCUGGUGAAGAUCUUGAUGCCUUGAUCUCAGUUUCAAAUGAUGAAGAUUUGAGAAACAUGAUGGAAGAAUGUGGUUUCCUUGAUAGUGGGGAUGGGUCCCAGAAGUUUAGGAUAUUCCUCGUUUCCUCCAUUGAUUUUGACGACAUGAGUUUCAGCCUGGGCAGUAUGGAUAGUGAUUCUGGGAUCCAGUAUGUUGCUGCCAUCAACAUGAUGGAUGGGGGAGCCGUGGAUUCGUCAAGUGGGCAUGGUUUAGUAAAUACGUCCAUCAAUGAGUUGGAUCAGAUCAUUAAUCUCAACAUUGAUACUAGGCAGGCAAACUUAAGUAGAGACAGUUCGAAUUUGCAUACAGUGAAUGCAUCGACUUUCGUGCCCCCUGUAAUGCUCUCAAGACCAAUGCCACCGGCUCUAUCCGGUGAUAAUACUGCAAAUUUGCAUUCUUACUAUAGCCAUGGGAUGCAGAAUGUGCAGGGUUCUGAUUACUCUAAUGCAGCUGCCAGUGAAAGAUUUUAUGACAUUGAGAACCAGAUAUCUAUUCCUCUAUCUGCACCUUCUGGUUAUAGAUAUAUGUCCCAGUAUUCACCUUACUCAGGAACUGCUUCACAGCAAUCUUUUGAUCAACAGUCUCAUCAGGAGGCUCUGAUGGAAGGAUCAAUGAAGGAGGAGAAACAGGCUUCUGGUAAAAUGCCUCACAAAAGUAAUGAACUAGAUUAUUUUCAAUCCCUUGAGAAUCUGAGUGCUAAUAUGGUGCAUCACGACUCCUCUAUUUCAAACUAUAUGCAAUCAGGAGUCCCCCCUACUGCUUCUGUUCAAGAAGGUCUAACAUCUCCUCUUCAGCCAAGUGACAGUGUGAAGAGCCUAGAGACUUGUACCGCAUCAAGAGCUAGGUCUGCAACACAGGGUUCAGAUAUUAGUGAAGAUGAUCGUCACUCCGGUGGAGCUUUUGCAUCUGGCUGUUCUGACUUACAGGUUGACAUGAUGGAUCACAGUUAUAAGAAUCCGCCACCUCACCCUGGGCGAGUCUUUCAUUCUGAGCGGAUUCCAAGGGAGCAAGCAGGCUUUCUGAACCGAUUAUCUAAAUCAGAGGAUUCACUUAAUCCUGAAUUUCUAAUUUGUCAAUCACAGUCUGGUGUUGCAAAGGAAUACAUUGCAGAAAAUAUUGACUCGGCAUUUGAGGGGACUGAAAAAUCAAAUUUAGCAGACCAGGCAACAAAUUUGAAUGAUCCAGCUGUUGAUGAUAGUCUCAUACAGUUUAAGAAAGAAUUUGUCGAUACUGCACACCAGACUUCUCCAUUUAGUGAACAUCUACUUGUUGAAAAGGGGUCCUCAAAUGACAUGAGUACUAGAAAUGUAGAGAAAAUUUCCCGUGCAGCUGAACAGGUUGUAGCUAAAGGGAUACCCAAUGAGGAAACUUCUCAAGAUGUUGAAACAACUAAUCAGUUGGGACCUCAUUCUGCUGUGCCACAUCAUGUUAGUUGGGAUGUUCCAAAGCCUGCACUCCCAACUGAUGUUGAAUGUGAUCCUGUUGUUCCAUGUUCCACCAGCUCUGUGGAUGUUUCUCGCAAGGAACCUAUUAUCCCUAACAUACAGAAUAUAGACAUUGCUGGUGGUACAAAUGAGAGGGCCUCCCCUGACAUUCUUUCUGAUUUCUUUGCAAAUGCUAACAAUACAGCACGGUCCUCCAGUCCUUUUAUCGAUCCUGUCCUUAGUUUGAACAUGCCUAAUUAUGAACCCCAGCAUUGGUCAUUCUUCAGAAAUCUUGCACAAAAUGAGUUUCCACAUAAAGAUGAGGAUCAAGGCCUGGCAAAGAUUGGGGAGGGAGUUUACCAGUUUGCACAUCUAGAGCAUGACACAACUAAUGUGAAGAGUUUGGCUCAGAAUGAUAUUCAUGCGGAAACACAUCCAGUACCUUCCCACACCAAUGGUGAUUCUAGUAUUUCACCUCCAAGUUUUAUCUCAACACAGAUCGACAAUCCAUCGAUGUUGAAGAAUGUUGAAGGGUUCCAGGUUGACAAUCCUUAUACAAAUAUGCAUGAGAUGAUGCCAUCUCUUCCUGAGUUUGAAGAACCAAAGAACGAAGAGGGUAGACCUGUUGGACCGGUUAUGGAUGCUUCGUUUAAAGAUAAUGAUUUUGAAUACUUGCAGAUCAUCAAGAAUGAUGACCUUGAAGAGCUUAGGGAACUUGGUUCUGGCACAUUUGGAACUGUAUACCAUGGAAAAUGGAGGGGAAGCGAUGUGGCCAUUAAGAGAAUAAAGAAAAGCUGUUUUACAGGACGGUCUUCAGAGCUAGAAAGACUAGCACAUGAAUUCUGGCGGGAAGCUGAAAUUCUCUCGAAGCUUCACCAUCCAAAUGUUGUGGCCUUUUAUGGUGUUGUGAAAGAUGGGCCAGGUGGUACCUUGGCAACUGUGACUGAGUUCAUGGUUAAUGGUUCUCUUCGACAUGUCUUGCAGCGCAAGGACAAAUAUCUCGAUCGUCGUAAGCGGCUUAUCAUAGCAAUGGAUGCAGCAUUUGGCCUGGAGUAUUUGCACUCGAAAAAUAUUGUGCACUUUGAUUUGAAGUGUGAUAACUUGCUUGUAAAUCUUAAAGAUCAAUCACGUCCUAUAUGUAAAGUUGGUGACUUUGGCUUAUCCAAAAUAAAAAGGAAUACCCUGGUUUCAGGUGGUGUAAGAGGGACUCUCCCAUGGAUGGCCCCAGAAUUGCUCAACGGAAGUAGCAAUAAAGUGUCUGAGAAGGUUGAUGUAUUUUCCUUUGGUAUUGUUAUGUGGGAAAUCCUCACUGGUGAAGAACCUUAUGCCAAUAUGCAUUAUGGCGCAAUUAUAGGGGGGAUUGUAAACAACACCUUGAGGCCUCCUGUGCCAGCGUCAUGUGAUCCCGAGUGGAGGCGGCUAAUGGAGCAGUGUUGGGCCCCGGAUCCGGCACAUCGCCCAGCGUUCACAGAGAUAGCUGGACGGCUUCGCUCCAUGUCCGUUGCAGCAAAUCAGGCGAAGGUCACCAGAUAAAGGAUGCAGUGCAGGUGGAGUACUCCCUUUUAGGCACCAAUUUGUAGUUUUCCCCUUUUUUCGGCUGGAGAGUAAUAUAUACAUGUAUGUUAUAGAGUGGCGUGAAAAUUAGUGCUUUGAUCUAUACCGUCUCAUUGGGUGGGCUUAUCCAAUGAUGUACCGGACUAUCUUGGAUGUUGUGAUGUGUACAGCUUUAUUUGGAAUUUGGAGAAUGGUCGUUGACAGCCCCUCUCCCAUAAACAGAAAGCAGUGUUGUAAUAUACUCAAAACUGUGAAUAAGAAAUUCCAUACAACACCUUUGGAUUUCA